AUGUCCCCACCUCUUGUCCUCAUAACCGGGGCCACAGGUCACGUCGGCCUCGCGACACUUGCAUUGUUGCUCAAAAAAGGGUACAGAGCACGUAUUGCAAGCCGGAAGCUCUCCUCCGCCGAGUCACUGAAGGACCUUCCUUCUAUCCGACCUUAUUCUUUGUCGAUCUCUUUCGUCGAAAUCCCUGAUUUCCUAGCUCCAGGGGCUUUUGACAAGGCAGUGCAAGAUGUCGACUACAUCAUCCACGUUGCAUCACCCAUUCCAGACCCCGAUACCACGGGCAGUAGAAUCGAUGUGCGGCAACAAUUUAUCGACCCUGCCGUACAAGGAAACCUAGGGAUUUUGGAAUCGGCAAUCAAGACAGAUUCGGUCAAACGAAUCAUCAUCACCUCGUCUGUGGCAAUCUUGGACGCCCCGGCGGACGGCAGACCAGCGGGACCUGAUGAUGUUGGCAAAGUGUUGGACAUCUCACAGUAUGAAGACACGACGAAUCCAUGGUUGGCGUAUCGAAUGUCGAAAAGAGUGGCCUAUCUCGAGGCAGAUCGAUUUGUCCGAGAGAAGAAUCCAAAGUUUCAAGUGAUCCAUGUCCUGCCAUCGUUUGUGCAGGGUCGCAAUGAGUCGGUUCGGUCGGCUGAAGAGCUUCGCCAACGGGUCAGCUCCAACACGGUCAUGGUCAACUAUGUCUUAGGCCACCAAAGCGACCAGCCUGGGCCACAAGACCUGGUGUUGGUCGAUGAUGUUGCUGCCACGCAUGUCGCUGCCUUGGAGGCCAAAAACCUCGUCACUGGCGAUCGUUUGAUCGCUGCAUACCCUCUCAUCACCAAGUGGGAUAGCGUCGAUGAUAUUGUGCGAAAGCUGUUUCCCCAACAAGUCGCUAGUGGUAUCUUGCCACUUGGUGGUAAACAGCCUGGCGCACCUUCCGCAGGAUACGACACGAGCAAAACAACCGAAAAGUUGGGCAUUGUGUUUCACGGCCCAGAGGACAUGGUCAAGAGUUUGAUCGGGCAGUAUGUCGAGCUCAAAGAGCAGGAAACAAAGUAA